ACACUGCUGCAGAGAGACCGCAGGACGCUGGAUGAACAGAGCGAGUGAAUAACCGUAAAUAUCCAGAUGGGAAUAAGUGGGCAGAGCAUGGCGAGCUCUUAAAGAAGACAAAGACGGUUUUAGAUAGCAACUCUUUUACUUCGAGACAUGGAGGUUUAUUAAAGCGAAAAGAGGCCGAAUUCAAAUGGGGUACCAGAAUGGAUGAAGCUCAAUGGGCAGAACCCCACUUUUACCGGAUCGGGUCGAAAUUGAUGUGAAAAUAAGCUCAACCGAGUGUUUUAACAGCAUCCCAGCACACUCAUGUUAGAAAACCUGACAUAUAUGUGUAAGAAGAAAAGCCAAAAGUCAUAUUUGAUGCAGUGAAUUCCUUCGGAGAGAUGUCAUCGUUGUGAACGCUGGAUGUUGUGAAUAUGGGAGAUCUGAGCGAGUCCAGAGACCCGAGAAAGACUUUCAUUGUUCCUGCCAUCAAGUCUUUCGAUCAUUAUGAUUUUAACAGAGCUAAAAUCAGAGCUAGCCUCACAUGGCUGGUGGCCAAAGCCUUCGGCACAGACAGUGUUCCUGAAGAGCUGAACGAGCCCUUCUACAAGGACCAGUAUGAGCAGGAGCACCUGAAGCCUCCGGUGGCUGAUCUGCUGCUGUCAGCAGAGCUCUACUGCAGAGCUGGAAGUCUGAUCCUGAAGAGUGACGCUGUCAAACCUCUGCUGGGCCACGACGCCGUCAUCCAGGCUCUGGCGCAGAAGGGCCUGUAUGUCACCGACCAGGAGAGACUGGUGACUGAGAGAGACCUGCAGAAGAAACCCAUUCAGAUGAGCGCUCACCUGGCCAUGAUCGACACUCUGAUGAUGGCGUAUACAGUGGAGACGGUAAGCGUGGAGAAGGUGAUGGCCUGCAUGCAGCAAUACUCCACCGAUUAUCCAGACGGAGACGUGCCCUACGACACAGAGGAUGCCGUCACCAGCUGGAUGAAUAAGGUGAAUGAAUACUUGAAGGAAAUCAUAAUGCAGGAGCAAAGGCGGAUGGAGGCGCAGAACGCAGAGCCUGUUGAGAAUCCAAAGUCUCCAACCAAGUGGUACAUGAAGCUGGUUCCUGCGCGUUACAGAAAGGAGCAGGUCCUGCCCAAGUGCUUGCCGUGGAUCCCUCCGGUGGACAACCUGCUGAAGGACAGCACAGAUGGCUGUGCUCUUGCCGCCCUGCUGCACUUCUACUGCCCUGCCACCGUCAGCCUGAGAGACAUUUGCCUGAAUGAGACCAUGUCGCUGGCAGACAGUCUGUACAACCUCCAGCUCAUCCAGGACUUCUGCAGGGAACAGCUGAACCACUGCUGCCACUUCAGCCUGGAGGACAUGCUCUACGCUCACUCUUCCAUCAAAAAUAACUAUCUUGUGUUUAUGGCUGAGCUCUUCUGGUGGUUCGAGGUUGUUAAGCCGCCAUUCGUUCAGCCUCAGGUAUUGGACACUGAAGCACCAGCUCCUUCACUGAAAGAUCUACCACCUGUGCCCAUCUCUAAAGUCACAAAGAGAAGUUUCAUGGAAAGACCUCCCAGUCCAGAUAGACCAAGUCUCCCCCUUCGACCUCAACCACAGACUUCAGGCUCAAGUGAGAUUAAGAGAUCAUCUUCAAUGUCAUUUGUGGAGAGCUUCAUGGGCACUUGGCCAAAGGAGAAGAAAUCUCCUGCUCAGGGAGUGUCCUUUGAAAUCCCAUUUGAUGAACACAGUAACAACCAAACACCUACUGGCCGAGGGAUGACUCGGUCUGUCAGCACUGAAGGGUUUGGUUUCAAGAUGCCCCAUGGAACCAGAGGCAUAAAGAGAAACCUGUCCUUUCAGCCUGUCAAUGGCAAGAACAUGGGCAUUGAGGAGGAAGGCUGUCCUGACGCCUUGUCAGAAAAUCAUAAAACCGGUCUAAAUGGCUCAGGGCCACCUAGUAUUGAAGAGGCCCUUGAGAUCAUCCACAACUCAGAGAAAAAAUCACAGAGCCCCAGGGCCCAUGUGCCCAGUGAAGGCUUCUUUCUUCACCUCCAGAGUAAAAGUGAAUUGAACCCCAAAGCAAAGGAUAGUCAGAUUGAUUCAGUAUCAGAAUCGUCCAAAGGGGUUGCUAGCACAUCCAUCACUGAAGUAGACACUGGCAUUCAUGUGCGGACAGAGGACAUCCAAGAGACACUCGACGAGGACUCAUCCCUAAGGGAUUGUACAGUCAGCAUGGAGUUUGACAUGGAUCAAGACUUUGAGGCGAGAGCCUCUCGUAGCCAGGGUUCUACAAGCCCAUGUCCUAGCAGCCUUAGUGCCAAGUCCCCUGCAGGAAGUAUCCCAACCCCUGCUUUUACACCUGGAAUUAAGUUAACCAGCUUUGCUGAGCAGAAGUUCCGUAAACUCAAUCCAAACACGGAAACCAAAGGUGCUCCUUCCCAAGGCACAACACCAGAUGGGUCAGAUCUCGCCAUUCCUCACUCCGUCUCUUGGGCCCCUUCUCCUGAGAUCAGCCCUGCGCAUCAACCAUCCAAGGACCCAGCUCAGGCCAUGGCUGCAGAAAUGGUGCAGCUGCGCAUGAGACUGGAAGAGAAGCGUCGAGCCAUUGAGGCACAGAAGAAGAAAGUGGAGGCAGCCUUUACCCGACACCGUCAGAAGAUGGGGCGCAGUGCUUUCCUCACAGUUGUCAAGAGGAAAGGAAUAGAUGGUGCGUCACCAUCUCAGGAGGACACUCCCACCUCAGAGGAAAACAAAACACCAGUGGGGACACCCCAGCCCGUCAAGUCUCCGCUGAAGUCUGCUGGUGAGGACGGCACAUCUGAGGCAGACCUGAUGGAAUACACGCGCUCCAUUGAGAAGCUUAAUGCUUCUCUGAGCUUCUUGCAGACAGAGAUGCAGCGACUGGCCCAACAGCAGGAGGUAAUCAUGCAGAUGCGGGAGCAACAAGCUUGGGUUGUGUCACCACAUCAGCCUUCACCACAAAAGCAGGUACGAGAGCUCAGAGGGAGUGGGGCACGCUCUUCUGGGUCUCCCUCACCUGCAGAUUCUCCUAGAGCCACACACCGUUCCCCUACUAAUCUAAAGAGAAAGUCUGCCUCUUUCCAUUCCAAGACACCAAGAACACCAAGACCCAGUGAGCUAAAGAUUGCUCCCUUUAAUAGAGUUUUGACCGUCCCACAGUCAGUGGACAGCAUACCACGCCUAAGAAGAUUCUCCCCAUCUCAGCCCAUGUCCUGCUCAUUUUCUUAUAUGGGAAACGAGAAGAAACCAUUAUCAACCGCUGACAAAGACAUUGAACAAGGUCUUGAGGCAUUGUCAAUUGAAUGUUCUUCUGAUACUAUCACCUCCCCAACCAAAGAAAUUCAACAGGCUGUAACUGAAAACACUGACCUGCAUGCUAAGAAGCCAGAAGAUGAGGAAGAGGAGAGCACGAAGGACAUCAAGCAAACAGAAAAAAGGGGAAAGCUGAAGAAGCCAAAAACUGACAUUAAGCCUGCAGUGGAAUCUACCGUUUCUGAGGUUUUGUCGCAGAUUGUAAUGGAGACUGUUAUUGUCACUCCCACAGAGCCAUUUGACAUUGCCCAUCAGACCAAUAAAAAUCUGAUUGAGGUCCCACUGUCUGUACUCAAACCACUGGAAGGACAGGCAUCAGAAGAAGAAGUGGAGAAGGACGCCUCUGGGGAAAAUCAGGAUGAUGAUCAGAAAGCGUGCUGUGGAUUCUUCUUUAAGGAUGAUAUGAAGGAAGAGGACAGCAUGGCCAUGAAGCGAGCAGCACUUCUGGAGAAAAGGCUGAGAAGAGAACGGGAAAGCCAACAGAGGAAACAGCAGCUGGAGGCAGAGCAUGAGCAGAAAAAAGAGGAGGCUAGGUUGAAAGCAGAGGAAGAACGCCUGAAGAAAGAAGAAGAAAAGGCUCGACGAGAAUUUAUCAAGCAGGAAUACCUGAGGAGGAAACAACUGAAGCUGAUGGAGGACAUGGACACGCUUGUUAAACCGCGGCCUACAGGAGCAAAGCAAAGGAAACCGCGGCCCAAGUCCAUCCAUAGAGGUGUGAUGGAGUCCCCUAGGACUCCUGUCAGGGCCACAGCAGGUUCACGACCUCGUGUUUUUUCAGUUUCCAGCCUGUCUCUGGCUUCUCUUGGAGAUAAUGACAGCGUCAACUCCGAUAAGAAAACACCCAGUAGGCCUGACUCAGCAGACGGAUGCCUGUCACCCACCCGCAGCCGUAAUGGAGAGAAAGACUGGGAGAACGGUUCAACCACAUCCUCCCUGACAUCAAACACUGAAUACACUGGUCCUAAAUUAUACAAAGAGCCCAGUGCAAAGUCCAACAAGCAUAUCAUUCAGAAUGCUUUGGCACAUUGCUGUUUGGCUGGCAAAGUCAACGAGGGACAGAAAAACAAGAUUUUGGAGGAAAUGGAGAAAUCAGGGGCCAACAACUUUCUGAUCCUGUUUCGGGAUUCCGGCUGCCAGUUUCGCUCUCUCUACAUGUACUGCCCCGAAGCAGAAGAGAUCAACAAGUUGGCCGGCAUUGGUCCUAAAACCAUCUCGCGCAAGAUGAUCGACGGCCUCUACAAGUACAACUCAGACAGGAAGCAGUUCAGCCAAAUUCCAGCCAAGACCAUGUCGGCAAGCGUCGACGCCAUAACCAUCCACAGCCACCUGUGGCAGACCAAAAAACCAGGAACGCCCAAGAAAGUAGCGGCUGUUAAGUCCUAGUGUUUCUCAGCAUGGGACGUACACAAUCUCAAUGCACUUGUUUGUACAUACUCAAAUCCUGCGACACUUUUUACACUCUUCCGUCAGUUGUCGUUCGAACACACACUCUCAUUUGCGAAAAAAAAAUUAUGCACAACUGGAAUGUAAAACUCUACGGGAUGGAUCAAACUCCCAAAUCUGUGUUUUACUGCACCGCAAACAUCGUUUUUAUUUAAACGUGCCAAAAAAUUAAGGAAAAUAUUGAAAGUUUGUCAUGUGUGACCUGUUAUUUUAAUUUGGUACACUAACGCACUGAAUGUUCUUAGUUUGUACAGAAAUCUCGCACAUAUGUUAACGUGUGGCCUUAUGUUGCUUCAUUUUUGAUGUUUUUAUUUGAUUUCAUUUUUAACAACUGUCCUGAUAUGAUUGUACGGCUGCUCAUGGAAAGUUUCUCACAUACUGUAGUUUGUAUAGCCUGAAGGUUCCUGUCAUAUCUACACUGCCUGACAAAAGUCUUGUUGUCGAUCCCAGUUGUAAGAACAACAAAUAUUAACUUGACUUCUAGUUGAUCAUUUGGAAAAGUGGCAGAAGGUUGAUUUUUCUGAUGAAUCAUCUGUGGAACUGCAUCUCAAAUCAUCACAAAUACCUCAGAAGACUUAUUGGAAGCCACAUGGACCCAAGAUUCUCAUAGAAAUCAGUCAAGUUUGGUGAAGGAAAAAUCAUGGUUUGGGAUUACAUUCAAUAUGGGGGCAUGCGAGAGAUCUGCAGAGUGAAUGGCAACAUCAACAGCUUGAGGUAUCAAAACAUUUGUGCUGCCCAAAGCACAGGAGAGAGUAAAUUCUUCAGCAGGAUAGCGCUCCUUCUCAUACUUCAGCCUCCACAUCAAAGCUCAGGAAAAAAAAAAAAGGUCAAGGUGCUCCAGGAUUGGCCAGCCCAGUCACCAAAUAUGUAUAUUAUUGAGUACAUCUGGGGUAAGAUGAUGGAGGAGGCAUUGAAGAUGAAUCCAGCAGAUCUUGAUGAACUCUGGGAGUCCUGCAAGAACACUUUCUUUGCCAUUCCAGAUGACUUUAUUAAUGUUAUUUGAGUCGUUGCAGAGAUGUAUGGAUGCAGUCGUCCAAGCUCAUGGGAGUCAUACACAAUAUUAAUUCUUUUUCCUCUGCAGCAUGACUUUAUAUUCUUUACUGUACAUUAUUUCUGUUAGGUGACGAGACUUUUCUCUAAGCAAAGUCAGACCUUAGUGUCCUAAUUAAAUAAUUAAAAAUAAAGGCUUGAUCAGAUUUGAUUCUGGUAAAAUAAGCGUAAUCUAAGGGCCUUUGUCUUUCAUAUAAGCCUCUUCUGAUACCAAAUGAUCGACUAGAAGUCAAGUUAUUAUUUGUUGUUCCUAAAACUUGGAAAGGCUACAAGACUUUUGUCAGGUAGCGUAGUAUACAUCAACCAGUGUGCUAAUGUGCAGUGAGCGGUAUUGUUUGCAGGCCGGACCCACGUUCAAUGGGUUUCAAUAUUAUCUAAUGGCAUUGAUUCACAGCAGGAUUGUGAAUUCGUUCUAUUUGAUUUCGUUCAAAAAUGUGUAUGUGCUUUUUUAUAUAUAUGUAUUGUUGUUUUUUUUGACCGACUGAAGGAAAUGUUCAGCAUAUUGAUCUAUUUAAUCAGUAUUUAUCUUUCAUAAAAGGUCUUAAAUAAGACGAGUGGUUUUGUUACAUUAGUUUAAAAACUAAACGUGUGGAUUACGCUGGACUGAACUGUUAUGAUAUGUGUCCAUGAAUGACUCCAGGAUCAUGUGCUGGAGUAAUAAUCAUGUUCUGAAUACUUUUGUACUGUUAUGUAAGGUUGUGUUGUUGACUGAUCUCGAGAACAGUGUUUGCCAGUUUCGGAUCACAAAGAAGUAUUAAAGAAGUUUGCCAAAUGGUAUAUUUUUUGAGCCAUUUCCAUGUAUUGCGACUGAGGGCUAAAUAGUUUGAUUGGUAAAUUAUUUUAAAUAAAUAUUUUGGCUUAAGAGCUCAAUCAUGCCACAUUUCGUGCGCCUAGAGCUUGUGUGACAAUUUAAGACGUUUUGGAUAUUAAUCUGUAAGCAUUAGCUCUUAAUGUGUGACCACUUUCGUUAAUGUUUCAUUUAGAAAAAAAUUGUGAAAAUUGGCUAAUGUGAUAUUUUGGCGAACAUUUUUGGGCAAGAAAAAGGUUAACAGUGUACCAAAGUAUUAAAUGGCUUAUACCAAGCAGCUUGGCAAACAACAUUUUUCUAUACCUGCGAAAAAUACUCGGGAAAACAUUCGACAAUUCAAAAUUUCGAUUUUAAUGGUGCAAAUUUGGCCACAACUUCAAUCAUCUUAAGGCAGAAUGUGGUUUUAUACGGGUAGAGGCUUUUGUUGCCUGACAGAAACAGCCUUUCUUUUGUGUCCUUUAUUUCAGUAGGGAUAAAUGUACAAAACAACAACAAACAAACAAAAAAAAAAAGAUUUUUGGUGCUUGCCUCCUGCAACAUUGACUUACUCACCUGUUCUCCCAUACAAACGUUUACUUAGUGUUAAUGUAUCAGUGUUUGGACCAGGAAAUAAUCCGCACAGGCCUGAAAACACAGUAGCUGAUAUCUUACAUCCAUUAGAAAAGGUACUACUGGAAACAGAUCUCAUUUGGACAUUUCUAGCAUCAAACGAGGGUCAUUUGACUGUAAAUGAGCACGAUAGCAAACUGUACAGUGUGUGUUUUCUGAUCUCUCCAGCACGUCUCUCGCUCUCUCUCUCUCUUUUAUUUUCUUUUCUUUCAGGCACUGUGCUGGCAUAUUGUUCAAGUAACAUGUUCGAUUUCAAUUGCAUUCAAUAAAUCUCGCAUGGCCUCA